AUGAGUGAGCUUUCGGACAAGUGUCAUUUCCAGGACAGAGCAGAGCAAACGAAGAUGUUGGGACUGCUUGUUGUGCUUCUACUCUCAGCUGCUGCUGCUGAGAGCACUUCCAUUGAGUCCAGGAACCUCUGGGAAUUUCGCAAAAUGAUUAAGUGCACGAUCCCAGGCAGCAAACCACUCCGAACAUUCAACAACUACGGCUGUUACUGUGGGUAUGGUGGGUCUGGGACACCGGUGGAUGAACUAGACAGGUGCUGUCAGACCCAUGACUACUGUUACGAGAAAGCUAAGAAGGAACUUAAGUGCACAGUUUUGCAUAACCCCAAAGUAACGUACUACAAAUACACUUGCUCAAAAGCCGGGACAAUUGAGUGCAGCGGAAAAAAUAGUGUAUGUCAGAAGUUUAUCUGUGAAUGUGAUCGCAAAGCAGCCAUCUGCUUCUCUAAAGCAAAAUACAAUCUUGAACAUCUCAACAUGGACCAGUCCCGCUGUAAAUAG